AUAAUAAAUGUUUUUUGUCAUCAAAAUAAUUGCAGCUAUGACAGAUUACAUUUUCAAAAUUAUCCUUAUUUACACGGGGGAGGAGUGUUUCUGGAGAUUUUUCAAGAAGAAAAGAGUUACUUUGAUCUUAGGUGUGGGCACUUUAAAGACUGUCCCUAACUUCCUCUUUCUCCCGGUCGGUUUCAAGGCUGCCCCCGGCAAACGUCAAAGUUGUGCCUGAACAAACUUUAAAAACUCGCCACGCGCAUGAAACAUAUCUCUUUAAUGGCAGAAAAUUUAAACAUUUCACUAUAAACAAGACAAUAAUGAAAAAUACAGGUUUUAUACAUGUUGUAGGGGGUAUAUUUGUAGAAUUCAUACUUAAUUUAAAACAAAAAUAAAACGUCAGAAACGUAUUGAAAUGUCUUCUCAGCGUUUUCCCAGCCGACUAACCCGUUAACUGUACAGUGAUCUUUAUCAUCAGUGAAAAACUUCACAUCCUGCAUUGUGGCUUUAAGAAUGGGGCUUCCUUGAAACCGUCAAGUUCCAUGUUAGCAUGGUCAAAUUGAUGAACUUCUUCAACGUAAAAACGUAAAGAAAUAACUAUUUUUAGACACUUUUAACCUUUUGCAUUUUAGAGCCGUUUGCUCCGAUAUGGUUUGUUUUAUCCGUUUUCCCGUUGUUUAGAGAGUUUCUGUAUUUUUACUCUCAGCAUGCGCGUUUGCAGACAGGGAGUGGCAAAAUAUAAAUAAUUGUUUCUUUUGCCAUAACUCCUCGGAACUAGGUUUUACACAGCGGUAACGUCAUUGUCUUUAAGUGACGGAGGAUCUAAUGGACCAUUCGCCGUCGAUAAUCACGCAAGUAACCAGAGACGAGGAGGAAAAUGCGACUUGUCGUGAGGACGGUGCCAGUGAAGUUUCUCCCUCACAGAAGCCUCGUAGCAGAGGCCUUUUCCACAGUCUCUUCUGCUGUCUAUGUAACAGAGAAUCAGAGCCCCCUCCACUAAAGAACAGUGCCCCCCUCUUGGUAGAAGAAAAUGGGACUCUAUCAAAAGUUCCAGCAAAACCGCUGCUUCCACGGAUGAAAUCGAAUGACGCAGGGAAGAUCUGUGUGGUCAUCGAUUUGGAUGAAACGCUAGUGCAUAGUUCAUUUAAGCCUGUGAACAAUGCUGAUUUUAUCAUUCCAGUGGAAAUUGAUGGAACAGUUCAUCAGGUGUAUGUGUUAAAGAGACCGCACGUUGAUGAAUUCCUCAAGAGGAUGGGAGAAAUGUUCGAGUGUGUUUUGUUCACUGCAAGCUUAUCCAAGUACGCAGAUCCAGUGUCGGACCUGUUGGACAAAUGGGGGGCCUUCCGGAGCCGUCUCUUCCGGGAGUCAUGUGUUUUCCACAAAGGGAAUUACGUAAAAGACCUGAGCCGUUUAGGAAGAGAUCUCAACAAGGUUAUCAUCAUCGAUAACUCCCCAGCGUCCUAUAUCUUCCAUCCCGACAAUGCAGUUCCUGUAGCGUCCUGGUUUGACGACAUGUCAGACACUGAGCUCCUUGAUCUUAUCCCCUUCUUUGAGAGACUAAGCAAAGUGGACGACAUCUAUGAUGUUCUCCAGCAGCAGAGGACUUCAAGUUAACAGAGGCAGGAUACUAGGAUGAAAAUAAUCACCAGCAGCUGUCGUCACGGGGCCACGGAGGCCGGUGGGCCACAGGCUCCACGCUGCUUCCAACUACAAGGACCACAGUGCAAAAAAAUGCCUCUCAUUAAAUCUCAUAUUCACACAGUGUAUUGCAUUAAAAUGUGAAAGCAGUGUUCCACCAGGGUUUGGUCCCAGGGACAGAUCAGAGACAGAUAUUUUUUCUCCUUUUUUUUAAUACUAUAUAAAGACUGAAUAUGAGAUUCAAUGACGUCUGUAGAUAUUGUUUGCAGUGCAGCUAGUGUGUUGUUGUUGUCAUCAUUAUGUGACAGCAGUGACCUAGUAUGUAAGUGUGCUGUAAACCUAGAUUGUGUGAACAGUUGUUCAGUGCCAUUCUACAAAUGAGCCACAUCGGUCAUUUUCAUUUCAGUACAAGACCGUUCCUCGAACCCCAGUAACUUUCUUUUUUCUUGCCUAAAAUGGCCUAAUGUGUAUGUAGUAAUUAUGGAAGCCUAUUUCCUUCAAUGUGAUGAAAAAAAGAUCCUGUAAGUCAUUAUGAGAAACUUUUUUUUAAAUAAUGACAUGGUAGCUCAACAUAAGGACCUAGUAUCACAAAAUAAUGACUUUGUAUCUCAGAAUAAUGACUUAUCGCAAAAUGAGAUAAGUAAGUUGUUAUUAUUUUGCCUUUGUGGGAGCAACAGCCAUGGCCGUCGUCCAUCCGUCCGUCAUGAACGUGAUUUCUCAAGAAGGCCUUGAGGAAGUUUCUUCUAAUUUGGCACAAACAUCCACUUGAACUCAACGAUGAACUGAUUAGAUUUCGGUGGUUAAAGGUCACUGUGACCUCACAUAACAUGUUUUUGGCCAUAACUCAAUGCUAUUAUCUAUAUUAAUAAGAAUCCAUGUACUUAUUAUGACAAGAUUUCACACGGAUGUCUAACAGGAUAACAUGAUGAAGUAAAGACAUUAUUUAUCCAAAAUGUCAACUUCACAGUGAUCUGCAAUAACACUUUUCUGGCCAUUACUCAACUCCACAACUCAGGAACAGAAGAGGACAUAUUUGGUCAGAUACUGAAUUGGUGACACUAAUCUUGUGUGCCUACUUUGAAACUUUAGUGAUUGUAUAGAUCAAUGCUGCCAGGCUGAAGAUGUGUGUGUGAAGCAUCCAUGGUUUCAAUGAACCAUUGCCAACUGUCAUGGCUGAAUGUGAGUCUGGACAGACACUGGAUGUAAACCAUAACUGCAACUUGACUGGUUCAUGAUGGAUACAAUGUGAGGCAGUAAUUACAGUUUUGAGAAAUUUUCCCAUUAUACAUUCACAUAAUUGUGAGAAGAUUCUCAUAAUGACCUUUUUUCCCAUCACAUUGGUGGAAAUGGGCCUCCGUAAUCAAAAGACAAUCAUUAACUUUAGAGAAUUUAAUUUUAAUAAUUUCUAUAACAUUUCACUACAAAACACACAGUAUUGAUGUGCUCCAAAUACUGUACACUCACUGUAUGUUUUUGGAAAGCUUUGAAGAAGCAGAAGAAGUUUGUUUGAGGAAUUUGGCAGAACAGUAAUCAUGGGAAACAAUAUCUUGAAGUCCCCUGCCAUUGAUUUUGGUCCUUAUUCACUACAUUACAGAUGACUGAUAAUGUGAAAUCACUAAAUUCUAAUAUUAUUGAAAUCUAAUUUUUAAUGUGUAAUAACCCGUUGUAGUCUUUUUCUUAUGCCUAGUUCAGUCAGAAAACACCCUAAUCCUGUUGUUCAUUGGUGUACCUCAUACUUGCAUACCAACAAAUCUAAUUAUGAGACACAUAAAAUCUGGAUCUUUUGGACAGUUCUAGAUUAGCAUUAAGGAAACAGACUGACUGUACAGUGAUCAGACUUUCCACACACACAGACUUACUACAGAAAUGGUGAGAUUAUUUUUGUAUAUACAGUAUAACAGGAUUUUAGGCAAUCGUUUUGAUUUGUUUUUAACGUUAUUUUACCUAAUGUUAUUUUAUCUUUGGAGUUUUUAGUUGAGUUGGCCACUACAGUGUGCGGCCCAUCAAUGAUGCAAUACUGAUCAUAUGUGCAGGAGGAGGCUGUUAAUGGCGACUUAAGUUUGAUGUUUGGUUUGAAAGCACACUUUGAUCUGUAAACUUGAACCCAAACUUUUUAUGUAAGAUGUGGAGUCAGAUGUUCUUCCGUAUGGAGCUGUAUAUACAGUUUAAUUGGGGAAACUUGUGCCAGACAUGUUCGAGCCCUGAUUACUUUAACUCUGAAGCGAGUGUGUAUAUUUGUAUGUGUGCGUGUGAGUUUAAGUGUGAUUGCGUCGGUGAGUAUUUUCUUUGGUUUGAGAUUUUUAAAAAAGAGGAUACUCUGACAAUAUGUGAAAAAUCAUAACCUAUCUUUAAAUAACAACUUAACUUCUUUUUUUUUUUUUACUGUAUGCAACAAGUAAAGUGACACAAGUAAAGAAACUGGUUCAAACAUGUUGAGUUCUUAUAUUGCUGCUGACAAUUGCUAAGAUUGGAAGAAAAAAAAAAGACAAAUAGAGAUAUCUUUACCUUGCAUCAAUAAAGCAUGUUUUAUUGAAACAGG